GCCUGUUCGAAGUUGCACCUCAGUCAGAGUGCUAGGAACCGAGUUCAGGAAUAGUCGUAUUCUACGUUUGUCUCCGUGUUGUUUCCAGUUUUUUGGAAGAGCUCUGUCGUGUAUAUUCGCCAGUGGUUCUGGUUCGAAGUUGACGAGAACAAGCCCAGACUACAGUCACGUUUUUCUCCUCAAUUGACGGUCGUAACAGAGAAAAGUCAAGGAAAUCGGAGCGUGUACUUACGACGAUCGCCAAGUCCGUCUUGUUGCAAUAUUGGCAGAAUUAUCCAGUGGAUGUGUGUGCGCAGUUGUUCUCUCCGAUAGCUCUGUACGGAGGGCCCCCCUGUUGUGUAGUUUUGUAGUUUCGCUUUCAAGUCUCGUGGUGGCUAGUUUUUUUUCUAUUCCCCCAAGUGGGUUGGAAAGUUUGUUGCUAGUGGGAAAAAAGUAAGCCUCGGCUUUGUAAAACGUGAAAAGUGUGACUAGAAUAUUGGGGAAAUUAUUGAUCGAAGAAAGGGCCUACCGAAGGAAAGGUGUGUUUCUAAGGCGAGCCAGCCAAGUGUAGAGGCGAAGUUGUUUCGAGAAAUAUAAAGCAUUAACCCGAAAAGUGGGGUGAUUUCUUCGAUUCUCUCGGAAAUUGAAGAACGCGGUGAGUGUGAGCUUGUGUGGCCUCAAGAUCCGCUGCUGUGUAGUAGCCUAACGUGUGGAUACGCUAUAUUUAAUUGUGUGUUGAGAAGUGUCCAAGGGGUAAUCGAAGAGCAAAAGUUGUGUAAUUUUUUUCGAUAUCAGACACCGACCGACAAGUGCAGUGACAGUUCGAACCCCGUUUGGGUUGUGUACUAAUAGUUGAUCUAUUCUUAUCGGAAAACAGUAAACAAAUCGAAGAUGCCCCAAUCGGACGGGGGAUACGUGUCGCUUACGGGCGGCCCCCAGUCGGUGUACAAUUCGACGACGGAGCCCCAGUCCGCGUCCAAAUCGGUCAUGGAAACGGUCAAACGGGUCAUCGGAACGGCCAUCGGCGCCCAGGACAAGCACGCGCUCAUUGAACGGGACGGGGCCCAGCCGUACAUCAUCAGCAGCAGGGACCGUGACAAGACCGGCAAAACGGCCAACAACAGAAUGCCAUCCGCACCAGCCCACACUGCCGAGGAAGCCCGCCUCUUGGGAACCAUGCCCAUGGACCCAAUGGACGACAUCGAGCUUCGCUCCGUUCAGAUGCAGUACCCCAACCAGCGGGGUUCGAUCGUGGGCCAGUGCGACCUGCGGCGAGUUCCCACGGACAAAGGCGACAUUCUGGUCGCGGUGCAGGGCGAUACAACGAAACCUGGCAUCGUUACAUACCACGAUCUGGGACUGAACUAUGCAUCGAGUUUUGCCGGAUUUUUCAACUUCCCAUCGAUGCGUGCCCUGCUGGAUAACUUCUGUGUCUACCAUGUGAACGCCCCUGGACAGGAAGAGGGAGCCCCCACCUUCCCGGAAGAUUACGUGUACCCAACGUUCGAUGAGCUCGCUUCGCAGCUGCUGUUCGUGAUGUCACAUUUCAACCUGAAAACGAUUAUCGGACUUGGAGUUGGAGCUGGUGCCAACAUUUUGGCUCGCUUUGCCCUGGCUCACCCGGAUAAGGUUGGAGCUCUUUGCCUAAUCAACUGCAGUUCGACGGCUGCCGGCUGGAUCGAGUGGGGUUACCAACUCCUGAACUCCCGCAAUCUCCGCACCAAGGGUAUGACACAGAGCGUGAUGGACUAUCUGAUGUGGCACCACUUCGGGCGGAAUCCGGAGGAGCGAAAUCUGGACCUGGUGCAGCUGUACAAAUCGAACUUUGAGCGUUCGAUAAAUCCCGUAAACCUGGCUAUGUUUAUCGAUUCGUACAUCAAGCGUACCGAUCUCAACAUUGCCCGAACCCCCUCGGGUACACCACAGACAGCUGCAUCACUGAAAAUGCCAGUGCUAAACAUUACCGGAGCACUUUCGCCACACAUCGAUGAUACGGUCACCUUCAAUGGCAGACUAGCACCCGAGAAGACCAACUGGAUGAAGAUCUCUGACUGCGGUCUCGUAUUGGAGGAGCAACCCGGCAAGCUGGCCGAGGCGUUCCGAUUGUUCCUGCAGGGUGAAGGCUACGCACCAACAUUUUCACCGCAUGCAAUAAACCAUACAACAACUAACUACAACAUCAACAACAACGACAACAUCGACAACAACAAUGAAGAGUUCGACAAGCUGAAUGGGAACAACAAUGGCAACAACAGUGGAGGAGGUGGCGGUGGUGUGUCUUCGGCGGCCGGCGAGAACAACAAUCUGCCCGUAAGUGCGACGACCGGUGCUGCGAUCCGGAUAACCGAGAACCCUCUGCCGGAGAAUGUGGCAUGCUAGAAACGAUACAUAUCGGGCCUGGCGAGGGACGGGGGCGGCCACGGUCCAACCAGAAAAAUAAUGUCCGGUUUCGGGACGGUGGGCCGGUCGUCGUUGCUCCUGGCGGGCAAAUGUGAAGAUAAUGGCGGCGAAGGCGAAGAGGAAGAUUACGGCGAAGAAGUGUGGACCAAUCGCCGCUAUAGGGUAGAAAAAGUACUGUUGAAUGCUAUAUUUUCUAUUCAGAUCUAAGGGUGGAAGGGCAGGGUAGAAGCUUAAAAUAUUAACACAUAAUUGCUGCUGAUGACUUAAACCAUGUGACGUUAAGUGGGAUUGAUUAGGAAGAAAAGUGAGUCCUGGAAUUUAAACGUUGAUUUUGUACUCAAGCAUUCGUGAACUAGUUACAUUUGACAUCAUAAGGUUCUGUUCGAUCAGCCUAAUUGUAUUCAUGCCGAACAGUAGUAUCUGUAGGAAGUUUGCGCUAUUUGCCUGAAGAGUGCGCGCACGACACUACUCGAAUCGAACACGUACACGCUUAGAUUUUGUUAUACAUUCUAUGUAUUAAAGUUUCACACUUUUUGUUUCUAUACCGUUUUCGUCCACAGCUUUUUCUCGCACUUUUGUGUUCUAGUGGACACAUCACGGUGUGCCUGAAACCGUUAUUAACAAAAAAAUAUCAUCAACUCUGCCUAUUCGUGAAUUUGAAAAUGUUUUAUCGAGGGAAAUGAAAAUAACAUUGAUUUGAAGAUUUUGAGUCAUAUAAAAAAAGUGUUUUCAUGUUUUAAAAAAAACCUUACGCUGCAUGAUAGUACAUGAGAGUAGAUAAGUCGAGGCGAUAUACGUAAAUGCGCCAUGCAAAAUGUUUGCGUAUCGCCACCAUCUACUGUUAAAUUCCAUCAAAUAAGGAUUCUACUCUAUUUCCCAGAAUGCCAUCAGGAUGCCCCGAAUGUUAUUAACCCGAAUUUCAUAUCCCCGAAUGACCCAUUAUCGCUGGGCAAUGUCAUUCGAAAUAAUUGUACAUUCGGGACAGUAUGAUUCGGGUUGAUAGCAUUCGGGGUAAUGGGGCAGAAUCCAUAUAAUAAGGGAUACCAUCUGAUCAGUUGAGAAAAUCAGGACAUAUCAUGUAUUUUCGUAAAAAUGGGCAAAACUCACCGGAUUUGUUAGACAAU